CAAAAAAUAACUACAAUUGAAUCAAAUAUUCAAUAUAAGAAUGAAUUAACUGAAGGUAGUUUUGAAACCAAAGAUACUAUUGAUUUAACAGAAAGUACACCAACUAAAACAACAGUCAAACUAACAAAUACUAGCAAAGAAAGUAAUCUUAACUUAGUUUUACUUACUUCACAAGAACCCUCCUGGGUUUGGAAACAUUUUUCAAAGAAAUAUAAUAAUAAUAAUGAGAUUAUUUCAUUUAUAUAUACUAUAUGCAAACUUAAAUAUAAGUCAACCAAUACGCCAGGAAUGCUUGCUAAAUAUCUAUAUAAUAAACAUAGUAACUAUAUUGGUAAUCGACAAAGCACUCUUGAAAAUUUUAUAGAUGAUGAUUGGCUAGUAGUUAAUAGUUUAAUUCAAUUACUUGAACCAUUUUUUAUAGCAACUGAAAUAUUAUCAACUUCAACAUAUCCUACUAUAAUAGCAAAUUCAAUUAAUUUUAAACUUCAAGAAUAUUGGGAAUGUGUUGAUAAAUCAACAACAAUUGAAGCUUUGUUAGAUCCACAAUCUAAGACUAAAACUUUUAAAGAUAUUAAUAAGCGUGAUAGAGCUAUAGCACUUUUGCAUAACAGAAUGAAAUUAUAUAAAAAUGAUGCUCAAUUUACUAAUAUAAAUUUACAAUCAAAAGAAAACAAACAGUCAUUUUUUGAAUCUUUAAUUUCCAAACAAAAUUCUGAACAAGUAACUGUUGAAGAUGAAAUUACUCGAUAUUUUGCAACUCUAGUUGAUUCUAAUACAAAUCUGUUAAAUUGGUGGUGCCAUUUUGGUAAAGAUUUUCUAAUUUUUGCAAGUAUAGCAUUAUGCUAUUUAAGUGUUCAGGGUUCAAGCAUGCCUUCAGAACAGGCUUUUUCUAUGGUGGCAAAUACUAUAACUAAAAUUUGUUGUAACUUAAAACCAGAUACUGCACAUGUAGUCAUGUGUCUUAAAAGCUGA